GUCUGAAACGAUCACCGAACGCUCCCCAACAAAGCACGGCGAGCGGCUUGGUGCACUCGUACCACUUUCCCAACUCCUGCAUAAUCGAAUGGUGGCAGCCGCAUUACCUGCUGUGCUUCUCCAUCUUGUCGAUAUUCUCGCAUUUAUGAACCCUCCGAACUAGCUGUCAACUAUCUUAUUAUCUCACUAUCUCUACGCAUAACAUACCCCCCGCAAGUUUUGUUCUUAUGAUGUCGAUACCUUCUUUACCCUCGGCGAAAGCUAUUCAAGUUGAUACAAGGGGAGCGUUGAUCCUGGAGGAAGAGUCUCCCGAGACCAGAGACAGUAGAGGGAUAUACCUUCCAAAUUAUGUCGAACCGGUGUCGCAUAUUGCAGUGGAUAUCGGAGGCUCGUUAGCCAAAGUCGUAUAUUUCACUCGCUCGCCAGACCAUCCACGGUCUCCUUCAAUAACUGCAACAAGAGGGUCGCCGAGUACGGUUAGCCUUAGCCAUGUUUCGACACCGACAUCGCUAUCUCCUGAAUCGCAUGACAUGCCGAUCUCUUCUUCAUCCCCGUCAAACCAUGCUCGAAAUGUUAACGGAGCCCUGACACCAGCCGUGCUGGAUCAGAACGGCACCAACGGACAUGUCAUUAACAGGCCUCCAUCACUGAGCGAUACGACAUUCCAAGAUUCUCUCUUACGUCGAGUGUCUGUCCAACAUCUUCCCGGCGGAUCCCUUAACUUCGAACGCUUCGAAACGGAACACAUCGAUGAAUGCAUCGAGUUCAUUGAAACACUCAUUGAACGCUCAGCACAAUUCAAUCAUGUUACCAUCGAUGAGAUGCGCAAAAGCGUGAAGAUUAUGGCUACCGGUGGAGGUGCUCAUAGGUUCUAUGAGCGGUUUACCAACGAGCUUCAUGUCCCAGUCCAUAGGGAGGAUGAAAUGGAAUGCCUAAUCGAAGGUCUCAAGUUCCUCUCCCUCAUUCCGGACGAAGUGUAUUACUUUUCCGACGAGCUCAUUGAUAAGGUCUCUCAUGGCAAGCCAGUGCUUAACGGUGUCAAUGGUGUCUUCGAGCGACCAAGUCCCGAUCCACCGAAAUACGCCGUCUCUUUUGAAUCACACCCAACACCGCAGCUUCCUUGUCUCCUGGUCAAUAUCGGCUCUGGUGUCUCAAUUAUCAAGGUGGAUGAGGACGGUUCGUUUGAGCGUGUCAGCGGCACGAGUCUAGGUGGUGGUACACUUUGGGGCCUACUUACUCUCCUCACACCGGCUACGAAUUUUGACGAGAUGCUCGCAUUAUCAGAAAAGGGCGAUAAUGCCACCGUAGACAUGCUCGUAGGAGAUAUCUAUGGUCAAGAUUAUGGCCGUCUAGGCCUGAAGUCGACGACGAUCGCCAGUUCGUUCGGCAAGGUAUUCAAAAAGGAUGGCAAGAAAGUCAACUUCUCUGCGGAAGACAUUAGCAAAAGUCUCCUAUAUGCUGUCUCAAACAACAUUGGACAGAUAGCCUACAUGAACGCCGAAAAGUACAAUCUAGACCGGAUUUACUUUGGAGGAUGCUUCAUCAGAGGUCACGCGGCAACCAUCAGCACAUUGUCCUACGCUAUUAGGUUUUGGAGUAAAGGAACUAAACGGGCGCUGUUCCUUCGCCAUGAGGGAUUCCUUGGCGCUAUAGGGGCUUGGAUCAAGAACAUUGGAGAAGCAGACGCUUCAUAGCUAAGACAACCUAAUAUAGCCCUUUGGCCAUGAUCUUCUUGCAUUUGUGAGCCACCUGGUGGACUCUGAGAUCAAGUAUACCGUUGUACACAGUAUUUAUUAAACUUGAGAUUUUAUAUGCCGUGUAUUGCAUUUAUGUAGAAGUACGGAUCUACUAAUACUUUGUUUGUCGUGAUACAAAGGAUGUCAUGCUCGCUGUAUGGCUUCCGUUUGUGCUCCGUUGCAGGCUUCCGUGUGUUCUCGGCCGAGCAUGGGGGUUCCGGGGAAUGUUGUCAUACGUCCAGCUGAGACUCUCCGGUAGAACGCUAGCCGCAGAGGCUUACUGCGUUCGGCUGUACACAUACUUGGAUCGACUCCUGAGCAUGGAUUGAGUUCACAUUCGGCGAUAUGCAUGAUGUGGGGGCGCUCGUCAUAAUCAAGAUGUUUGAAUGCA